CGGGUCGAGGUGGGAAUAAACCAUCCACACUGUACAUUUAGUGCAAAAACGUUUUUACUGAGUAAACUCGUGCGUCCGAAUAUAGAAACGAGCUUAACGGACUGAGAGUCGACAUUAGAAGAGUGCGAUGUGGAAACAUUACUGUUCCACACAAGCCUGAUAUACUAUUGUGUUUUAUACGGACUCAUUUUUGUUGAUCGUUGAAUUAAGGACGCAGGAAUUAAACAUGAUCUUUGCGAACACCGCCAAUCCAAUGAGGACUCCUUAUCGAAAACAGCCUCUGGUUGCUCCGCCCACUCUCCCGAUGGCUCCGCCCAGUCCGAGCACCAACAGCACGAAUAACAGCAGCAGCAACAGCAGCACGACCGGAUGGGAGCAGCUCAGCAAAACCAACCUCUACAUCCGCGGCCUGCCCCCCUCCACCACUGACCAUGACCUUGUCAAACUCUGUCAGCCGUACGGAAAGAUCGUUUCCACGAAAGCCAUUCUGGACAAAACUACGAACAAAUGCAAAGGUUACGGCUUUGUGGAUUUCGACAGCCCGUUAUCAGCACAGAAAGCUGUGGCGGCGCUAAAGGGCAACGGAGUUCAAGCUCAGAUGGCCAAGCAACAGGAGCAAGACCCGACCAACCUGUACCUGUCGAACCUGCCAGUGUCCAUGGAUGAGCAGGAGCUGGAAAACCUCCUCAAGCCAUUCGGCCAGGUCAUCUCCACUCGCAUCCUCAGAGACGCGCAGGGUGUUAGUCGAGGCGUGGGAUUCGCCAGGAUGGAGUCUACAGAGAAGUGUGAUGCCGUGAUCUCUCAUUUUAAUGGAAAGUUCAUUAAAUCUGCGUCAGGAAUGCUGGGUGCGUCUGAGCCGCUGCUCUGUAAAUUUGCUGAUGGAGGUCAAAAGAAGCGACUGAGUCAGACUAAAUACAUCCCUAAUGGACGAACCUGGACAAGGGACGCCGAGGUGAGACUAAGUGGCAUAACAUUGACCUAUGACCCCACUGCAACUGCCCUUCAAAACGGGUACUACGCCCCUCCCUACAGCAUGGGAAACAGGAUAAUGACCCAGACAGCUGUGACCCCCUACAUCUCUCCUGUCUCCACCUACCCGGUCCAGAGUCCUUCCUGGAUGACGCAUCAGCCUUACAUUAUGCAGCACCCGGGAGCUGUUCUGUCGCCCUCUAUGGAACACCCCAUGUCUCUGCAGCCGUCCUCCAUGUUGGCUCCUUUGACGCAGCAGAUGGGCCAUCUCUCCCUCGGUGGCACUGCAACUUUUAUUCCGGCUAAUACACCUAUGCAAGGAGCGUAUAUUCCUCAGUAUGCUCAUAUCCAGCCCGCUGCCAUUGCCACUGAGGAUCCCAGUGUUCAGGCCCAGGAUGUUAACUCCAGUGAUCACUCCACCUACCCAUUCCCACCUAACAAGCAAUAAAAAGGUGAGCAGAUGGAGACAGAGUCGUCAGAGGGCUGCUACAACUACAGGCUUUGCUUCCUCGAAGAGGAAAUAAGAAAAACAGAUCACAGAGGACAAGAUUUUUGCACAGGUUCCAAAACUCAAACAACCUCAGUGGCCCUCGGCAGGUGUAACAACCAGGUCUUCAUCAACCAAACCAAUGCAGCUCAUCAGACAGCCAACACGGGAGAGGCAGCAGAACUUUUAUUUUGCUAACGAGGAAACAAAACAAAGACAAAAUGCUUAUUUUUUACCGAGGACUUUGAAAGGCACAGACGAGGUCUGUGAACCCAGGACUCAAACGCAGCGUGCUCGUACCUUUAGAUGCAUGAGAGGACUUUUUAGUAUGGGUUUAGUGUGUUUUUACCGAUUGUUUAUUUCACACACACACACACACACACACAAGGAAAAAAAACAUGCUGUGGUAGUAACAAUGAGGAGGUUUUUUUUUUGCUUUUGUCUUCCGCACUUUGCCUUCUUGGUCCGUAGUAAAUAAAACUUGCCUUGUAAAUAUUGUAGAGCGGGGUUUAGAACACCUGAUGAAGUGCUCGAUGGCUGUUGGACUUCUCUCCUGUCUGUCAAAGCGAAUAUUUCACAUGCUUUUUUUUAGGUUGUAAAGUGUGUGUGUCGCUAAAGAGUCGGAUUCUGCUUUCCUCUGAACACGCUCGUUCCUAGUCUUCUCGCCUUUUUAGUCAAACUUGAUGUGGUAGAUUUAGGUGAAGCUGUUGUUAUUUGAUUGG